GCCCGAGGAUGCCCGCCGUCCUGGCGUUCCUCGCGGUGGGCGGCUGCUUCCUGGCCGUGGCCGGGGAGGAAUUGGGUUAUACCAUCACAAUGGAGGAUCAGAUUUAUCUUCUUCUGGAGGCCAAAGUUCAGUGUGAACAAAACAUCACAUCUCAGAUACAAGAAGAAAGAGGAGAUGAGUGCUUUCCAGAAUGGGAUGGUCUAAUCUGCUGGCCCAGAGGGUCAGCAGGAAAAAUUAUAGCAGUGCCCUGCCCUCCUUAUAUCUACGAUUUUAAUCACCAAGGUAUGGCCUUCCGACACUGUAAUUCAAACGGAACAUGGGUUUAUGUGCAUAGUUUAAACCGAACAUGGUCUAAUUAUUCUGAGUGCCUCCAUUUCCUGCAAAGAGAAAUCAACCCAGGAAAGAGGGAACUCUUCGAACGUCUCUCUGUCAUGUACACAGUGGGAUACUCCAUUUCCUUCUCCUCUCUGGCUGUGGCUAUUUUCAUCAUUGGCUACUUCAGGAGGCUCCACUGCACCCGGAAUUGUAUACAUCUGCAUUUAUUUGUCUCUUUCAUGCUCAGAGCUACCAGCAUUUUUAUUAAAGAUAAAGUUGCUCAUCCUCAUUUUGGAAACAAAGAGUUUGACUCACUACUCACAAGUGACCUACAAAAUAUUAUACAGACUCCAGUCAUGGACAGAUCUCAGUAUGUUUGGUGCAAGAUUACUGUGGUGAUGUUCAUUUACUUCUUGGCAACAAACUACUAUUGGAUCUUGGUUGAAGGCCUCUAUCUACACAGCUUAAUAUUUGUGGCUUUCUUUUCGGAUACCAAGUACCUAUGGGGUUUUAUCUUAAUAGGCUGGGGUUUCCCAGUUGUCUUUGUCGUGGCCUGGGCAGUAGUCAGAGCAGCAGUGGCAAAUGCAAGAUGCUGGGAGCUUAGUGCUGGAAACAUAAAAUGGAUAUAUCAAGCUCCAAUUUUAGUGGCUAUUGGGCUAAACUUUGUUCUCUUCCUGAAUACUGUGCGGGUGCUGGCAACGAAAAUCUGGGAGACUAAUGCUGUUGGCUACGAUGUCGGAAAGCAAUAUAGAAAACUAGCAAAAUCCACUUUAAUUCUGAUCCUUGUCUUUGGUGUGCAUUACAUUGUCUUUGUGUGCUUGCCUCACACAUUCACUGGAUUAGGCUGGGAGAUCCGGAUGCACUGUGAACUCUUCUUCAACUCAUUCCAGGGCUUUUUUGUCUCCAUCAUCUAUUGCUACUGUAACGGAGAGGUGCAGGCUGAGCUCAAGAAGACAUGGACUAAAUGGAACUUUGGGAUGGACUGGAAGAGGACUGUUCCUUGUGGGAAUUCUCACUAUGGCUCUGUCCUCACUAAUGUGACCCAGAGCACCAGCAGCCAGGCUCAGAUGGGUGCUAACUCCCGCAUGAGGCUGAUUUCCAGCAAAGCAUGCAGGAAAGCCAUAGGGCAGAAUGAUACCCAUAUAAAUUUGCCUGGAUAUGUUAGGAGCAACUCUGAGCAUGACUGUAUGCCCCACUGGGCUCAGGAAGAGGCUGAUGAAGAUGAAGAGAAGAGGCUGGAUAGUAUUUCUCUCAAGAAGCCUUUUAGAGUUCAGAACAAUCAUGCAGGUUUUCUCGAGGAAAAAGCAAACCGAAUGGAAAUAGAGGCAUCACUUUAAAAAGCUGGGGUGCAGGUGAGGGAUUACGCACGUGAAAAUAGUCAUCACAUGAAAAUGGAUGGACCAUCUUUUACUGAGGCAGCUAAGCUCUCCAUCAUCCUCCUAGGAUGGUAUUUAUUUAUUUAUUUAGUUAGUUAGUUAGUUAGUUAAUUAAUUAAUUAAUUAGUGUGCCGCCCAUCUCCCCCAACAGGUGACUCUCAUCUUCAACUUCAUAUGAGUUUAUUUUGAUUCACCUAAUCCAGACCCAUGUACAGACUUUUUAGCCAGAGGCUUUCCCCAGCCAACAAUGUAACCAGAAUAAUUUUGAGUGAAGACUGGGGGGUUUCCACAUCUGAGCUCUGACUUCUUCACAGCAACUUUUCAUUGCUAACCCUGUGUUAGCAAGAAGCAAAGGCACUUAUGAUGAUAACAUUUAGAUAAAGUUAUUUUGAGUCAGUUGACAUUUUUA